GCCGGAAGCGGCCCUGUCAGUUGUUGUCUUCAGGUGUUUGGGCUUGUUGCACUGUAUACUCAGUGGGUUCGCGGCCGCCGGCCGAGUGAGGCUGGGUUCGAGGAGCUGGAGCGGGAAACUGGAGCUUAAAUUCUGGCGGUGAGAUGGACAUUCUGAAAUCAGAGAUCCUUCGGAAGCGGCAGCUGGUGGAGGACAGGAACCUGCUGGUGGAAAAUAAAAAAUAUUUCAAGCGUAGUGAGCUCGCCAAAAAAGAAGAGGAAGCAUAUUUUGAAAGAUGUGGGUACAAGCCUAUAAAUGAGAAGCCAUCUGGAGAGAUACAGCCAAAAGAGGAGGACCAGAAACCAUUAACUUCAUCGAAUCCAGUGUUAGAACUUGAACUGGCAGAGGAAAAAUUACCUAUGACGCUUUCUAGGCAAGAGGUAAUCAGAAGAUUGAGAGAAAGAGGAGAACCAAUCAGACUAUUUGGAGAAACUGAUUAUGAUGCUUUUCAGCGUUUAAGGAAAAUAGAGAUCCUCACACCAGAAGUUAACAAGGGAUUGAGGAAUGAUCUGAAAGCAGCCUUGGACAAGAUUGAUCAGCAGUACCUCAAUGAAAUCGUCGGUGGUCAGGAGCCUGGAGAGGAAGACACACAGAAUGAUCUGAAAGUUCAUGAGGAAAAUACCACAAUUGAAGAGUUAGAGGCGCUGGGAGAGUCCUUAGGGAAAGGCGAUGAUCAUAAAGACAUGGACAUCAUCACCAAAUUCCUCAAGUUUCUUCUUGGCGUUUGGGCUAAAGAAUUGAAUGCCAGAGAAGAUUAUGUGAAACGCAGUGUGCAGGGUAAACUGAACAGUGCGACCCAGAAACAGACCGAGUCCUACCUCAGACCACUUUUCAGAAAGCUACGGAAAAGGAAUCUUCCUGCUGAUAUUAAAGAAUCAAUAACGGAUAUUAUUAAAUUCAUGUUGCAGAGAGAAUAUGUGAAGGCAAAUGAUGCUUAUCUUCAGAUGGCCAUUGGAAAUGCGCCUUGGCCCAUCGGUGUCACUAUGGUUGGUAUCCAUGCUAGAACUGGCAGAGAAAAGAUUUUUUCCAAGCAUGUUGCACAUGUUUUAAAUGACGAAACUCAGCGGAAAUAUAUUCAGGGAUUGAAGCGGUUAAUGACCAUUUGCCAGAAACACUUUCCUACAGACCCAUCCAAAUGUGUGGAGUACAAUGCACUGUGAGAUCUGUGCAUGGUGUGUUAAUAACAGUAAGAAACGUACAGAAGCAGGCUGUGGACUUCUGGAAUUACCAACAGGAAUGAGGAAAGAAGAAAACUGGAGUUUCCAAUCUGAGUUCUCCUUGAUGUAACUCUUGAUUGGUUUUAAGAACUGUGUUGGCCUUCAUUUCAUAACUGACUGCAAGCUGAUUUUUCUUUCUUGCUUUCAUUUAAUUAGUCCAAAAUUAAGUUUUAAAGACUUUUCCUCACAAUUUAAAUCUGUAGACAACAGAAGGGGGUUUAAAAUGACCUUUUUUUCAGUUGACCCAAAAGUUGUGGUUAGAUUAAAAAGAAACAUUUGAAGAUGGACUUAAUUAUUUCAGUAAAAUACUAUAAUUUUCAUAUGUCUUUUGUGUAAUAUUUAUAUAAAAUAUUUUUAUAUAUUUCAAAAACAUGGGACCAUUGAAUGAAACUUUAUAGUCCUUAAAUGUUGCUGAACUUUUGCUGUCUUGCAAUAGAAUUUGAAUGUAAAUAUUAUUACUGGUAUAA